UUAGUUCCUCCUUAUGACAGCUGGGAGGGGCCUUUUACUUCCUUUGAGACUAAAGGCUGUUCAUCAGUAGAAGAGGAGACAUGGAAAGGAGAAAUGGGGACCAGCCUGUCUGGUCUUCUCUGGUGUUGGCAUGCUUCCUCUGGCAUUGCUGGCUACCGAAUGAACUAACAACAGGAUACUAUCUAAACAACUGCACUGCUUAUCGAUCUCAAAAUGGCACCAACAGACACAGAGUGCAGUGUCAGAAGCAGAAUUUCUACAAUGUUCCCUCAGACAUACCAUCUGAAGUGGAGGCUUUGGACGUGUCCUUCAAUUUCAUUUCGCAAAUCAAGGUGGGGGAUUUCAAACUCCUCACAAAUCUUAAAUAUUUAAAUGUCUCUCACAAUCGGAUCUGGCAUGUGGAAAAGAGUGCCUUCAAAGACUUGAUCACCUUGCGUGAGCUGAAUCUUGCUCAGAACCGCCUAACUGCUAUCUCAAACGGCAUCUUUCAUGGCCUUUUCAACCUCCUAAUAAUACGACUGGAUAGUAACUUAAUCAGUAGGAUUAAUUCAUCAGUCUUUUCUUUACUCACCAAUAUAAACACUGUGAACUUGAGUACCAACAGGCUUCAGCAUAUAAAACAGAUUCUACCUAUCAUGAAACUGCCUGCAUUGCAGAAUUUGUACAUUGGAAAGAACAACUUUUCUACUUUUAAAUCCAACGACAUCUCAAAUACAUCCCUGGGAAUAAAACUGUUGGAUUUAUCCUGGACUCCACUAGAAAUAUUCCAGAUAACAGAAGAUAUUCUCCCUCAUCUUGAGACCUUAGACAUCUCUUACCUCGGUGGCAAUGCCAGUCUGAAGUGGGAUGUGCAGGACAAGUCAUUUUUACGCAGUGUAAACAGACUCAACCUGAGCGGGAUUCACAUCUCCCAGGCAGAAAUGGCCAAAGUAUUUAGCAGCCUCAGUGCCUCAUUGAACAAUCUGAGGAUGUAUGAAAUGACGCUUAACAUCAAAACGCUCGUGAAUGAAGCCUGUCAGAUCCCCACUGUAAGAGUCAUUCGCCUCAAAUCAAACAACAUCACUUCUCUUGAUGACCAUUUAUUUUUGUCCUGUUCAUCUGUGAACGAGAUGGAUGUAACCAGUAACAAGAUCAGUCAUGUGUCAGAGCUCGCAUUCAAACCUCUUGAGCAGGUAAAAACCCUGCGUCUUGGCCACAACAAAAUGACUGUAGUCCCGAGUGCUAUCCGACAUCUCCCUGCCCUUGAGAUGGUGGACCUCAGCUUCAAUAGAAUCUGUAAUAUCAGUUGUUCUGACUUUGCUCACCUGAGACAGCUGAGCGAUCUCCACCUGUUUCAUAAUCACAUAUCAGAUCUCAGCCCCUGUGUAUUCAAAGACUUGCCAAGUCUUCAGACGCUGAAGUUGGGGACAAACAAAUUACUGAGCAUCACAGGUGUUUUCAGUGGCCUACAGAAACUGCAACACUUGGAACUGAGAAAUAAUAAACUGAGUUCGAUCAGAAAAGCAGACUUUGAAAGCUUAUGUUCGCUCAUAUACUUGGAUCUUGUUGACAAUCAAAUUACCAUGAUCGAAAAUGAGGCUUUUUCAAAGCUAGCCAAUCUGAAACAGUUAGAUCUCAAAUCAAACAAGAUCACUGAGGUUACAAUUAAUUCCAUAAAUAUCUUUGCAGGGUUGUCCAACUUAGAAAUGCUGUUUUUAUCCUCAAAUUAUAUAUCAUAUGACACUCAACAAGAAUUAGAACACCCCCCAUUCUCUCUGCUCAAGUCUCUGACAGUACUGGCCAUCAACAGCCAAGGUCAUAAAGGACUACGCAAUCUGCCACCCAACCUUCUGAAGGGCCUGACCUCUCUGCGUAUACUCCAUGCUGGAAAUACAAACACUGAACUUCUGCACCCAGAUACUUUCAGUCACACCCCACACCUGUCAUACCUGGACAUUAGUAAGAAUGUUUUUACUGCUCUCACCCCUCAAGUGUUCUGGAACAUUCCAGAGCUCACCAUGCUGAUCAUAACUAAAGCCCGCUUACAAUCCCUGGACUUCCUGGACCAUGCUAACCUCUCCAGGCUCCAGUCCCUACAGGUGAAGCAAAACGAGCUGGCAGUCAUUAAUGAGACGCUGAUUCUUUCUCUCCCUGCCCUCACUUACCUCAGCAUGGAGGAGAACACCUUCACCUGUGACUGCAACAAUGCUUGGUUCAUCCAAUGGGCACACGACAACAAUCACACCCAGGUUGUUGAUGCCGGAAGCUUCACCUGCAACUACCCUGCUGAUCUGAGGGGAUACAAGCUGCUGGACCUGAACACUGAAUCAUGCAAUGUGGACAUAGGAUUCUUCUACUUCAUCUCCACCACCAUUCUGGUUGUGUUGACCCUGCUGGGCUCAAUCUGCUACCACUUCUUGCGCUGGCAAGUGAUCUAUGGCUACUACCUCUUCCUUGCCUUCCUCUAUGACAGACAGAAGAAAACGGCAAAGGGGCCACAGGACUUCAAGUACGAUGCCUUUAUCUCCUACAAUGCUCGGGAUGAGCCAUGGGUUCUCGAGGAACUUUUGCCCGAGCUGGAGAACAAACAGGGUUGGAAACUCUGCCUACACCAUCGGGACUUUGAGCCAGGAAAGCCUAUCCUGGACAACAUCGUAGACAGCAUCUACAGCAGCCGCAAGACCAUCUGCCUGAUCAGCCGCCACUACCUGGAGAGUGAGUGGUGCUCCAGAGAGAUCCAGGUGGCCAGCUUCCGGCUCUUUGAUGAGAAGAAGGACGUCCUGGUCCUGGUGUUCCUGGAGAAGAUUCCACACAACCAGCUCUCACCCUACCACAGGAUGAGGAAGCUGGUGAAGAAGCACACCUACCUGAGCUGGCCAAAACCAGGACAGAACACCAUGGUCUUUUGGCAGAAACUCAGAGUUGCCCUGGAGACUAAGGAAGGACCUGACCAGGAAAACCCAAUUCUAUCUGGGCUUGAGAAUUAAGGCUGUAUUACAAGACAGAUUCCACACACUCCAAUUAAAUUUUUUUUUUUUUAAUUAUAUAGACGAUUAUGAAUUUCUCAUUUUAGUAAAUGUCAGUUAUACAUCUGGGUGUUCGUCAUGCAAGUCGUGGGUGUCAUAUAUUUAUUUGACUGAAACCAAAGAACAAGAACUGGGAUGUACCUUCAUGUUCAAUGCAGUUCCUACUUAAAAUGCUUAGUGCACUCCAAAACUAUGUUAAUUGUACAGUGAAAUUAGUUAUUUUUGCUAUAAAGGCAUUUGGAUUUGAUAUCAAAAGAUGAAUAUGAGACAAAAGAACAAUCAGGUUUUAUUUCAUUGUAUUUGGUUUAUUUACAUGUGUAAUGUUUUACCAUUUUUUGUGUAGAGUCCCCCCAUUUUCAGGUCUGCAAAUAAGGUAACUUUGACAAGACAAA